AUGUCUGAAACACAAGCACCCACUCACCCCGACAUGAUCAAAGUCAUCCGAAAACCCGGAUCGUUUGCCUCGUACUCGGUCUCAGCCGCCACCCUACCACCUGGAGCACUGAUGGCACGACUGGCAUCACCACCAUUGACCGUGACCAAACAAAAACGAUGGUCCAGCGUGCAAAUCUCCGAAGCCCUGCACAUUGAGCUGAAUUGCGACUGGCUGUACGUGAACCACGGCUGCGACCCCAGCGUCGAGUUCCACGUCUUGUCCGACGCCGACGAGCCCGUGAUUGAGAUCCGCGUGGCCGCUCGCCGCGACAAGGACGGCAAAACCAUUGGCAUCACCGAGGGUGAAGUCAUCACUUUCUUCUAUCCCAGCACCGAGUGGGACAUGGAUCAGCCAUUUGACUGCAUCUGCGGCACUUCACGUUGUCUCGGCAGAAUCGCGGGAGCUAGAUACCUGACCCCAGAACAAGCCAGGGGCUAUUUUCUCAACACUCACAUUGAGAACUUGAGAAGUGUCCCGUAUUCCACCAACAAGCCUACUUCGCCAUAAAUCCACUGGACUCGAACUCACUGUCUCGGAACACCGCCACUGCAACAGCGUAGCGAAAGGGCAAGACAACGUUUCGUCCUCUGCUUUGCAAUGAAUUCAUGCCGAUAGAUGUCUAGUAUCUGUUCGGCUCCAAACAACCAAAAGACUUGCAUAAACAAGAAAAAGGGUUCAUUAAAUCCAGGAAAUGAUAAAAUGUCACUGGAUAGAAAAGUUCAAGUAGGGCUUGCUUCAAAUCCGCUUCCAAAUUCGUCUCAUGUCAGAUCAUGACCAAAUGCAAAAUAAAAUGACCAUUC